AUGAUGGGCCAUCAUCGGGGUGUAGAGGCCAUCAACUCCGCCACCGGCACCACCAGCCGUCAAAAUGGUCUCCGCAAAACCACCCCAUAUUGGUACGAGUUCCAGACCUACUCCAAGCUACGCUGGUUCGGUCGAGAGCUCAUCGAGAUCAUGACCACCGAGUUUCGAGAUCGCACCAAAGAGUAUUACGUCUGGGCGAUUCACAAGGGUAUCUGCACUGUCAAUGGAAAGAAGGCCGACAUUCAUCAGACCAUCGGAGAUGGCGACAAGAUCUGCAACAGCGUGCACAGACAUGAACCACCCGUCACCGACGAACCGAUCAAGAUCAUUCAUAGAGACGAUGAAGAGGGGAUAUUGGUGAUCGUCAAACCCGGAUCAAUCCCUGUUCAUGCUGCGGGGAGGUAUUUGCGACAUACAUUGACCGGCCUACUUCAAUCAGAGCAUGGGAUAGAGAUGGUCUACACCACCAAUCGACUGGACAGGCUAACGAGCGGAAUCAUGGUCUGCUCCACCAAGAAGGAGACCGCCUCCCGACUAGGAGCUCAAUUCGCAGCCGGCCAAGUCAGCAAGGCGUACGUCUGCCGUGUUCGCGGCAAGUUUCCAGAAGGCGAGGUGGUCUGCAAAGAACCCAUCCUGACCAUCGACCGUCAGAGCGGAGUCAACAUUGUACAUCCAAAAGGCAAACACUGCGAGACCAUCUUUGUCCGUCUCUCGUACGACGCUGCUACCGACUCCUCCGUCGUCUUCUGCCGACCUAUCACCGGCCGUACACACCAGAUCCGAGUGCACGUCCAGUAUCUCGGACACCCGAUCUGCAACGAUCCCAUCUACGGUCACAACGUGUGGAGCAAAGUCGACUCUUCCGCCUUCGCAAAAGUCAUCCCCGAUCAGUGGAAGAAGGUCGGCGGUGAGAUCGGACAGAAGGAGGUCGAAAUGAUCGUCGAUGCGAUCAAGGGUGAUCAGGAUGGACAGGAGGAUUGGGCGAGAUGGAAGGACGAGGUCCUGUUCAAGGAGAUGAUCGCUCAGGAAGGUCUGGAGAACGUCCACGUGCCGGGCCCGAACGGUCGCUCAAGUCGACCCUCGGACGAUUUGCUCAAAAGAGCGUUGGCUAAGCUGGAGCUAGACACAGGUGACAUCCCUGCAAAGGGACUCAACCGACCCAAGGACAUCGAGACAGCAUGGCAGAAAAGAGUGCGCGAACAGUCGUCGGACUUUUGCUCCGAGUGCAAGAUCCCCCUUCUGCCAGAUCCCAAACCGGAGGAGCUUUACAUCUACCUACACGCAAUCAAGUACUGGUCGGACGAAUGGUCGUUCGAAGAUGCGUUGCCGUGGUGGGCCAGGGAGGACUGGCAGUCGAUCUCGCCGCAUGGUUCUGGAACAGGGUCGGGAGCAGCAGAGGCGACACUACCACAAGACCUCGCUGUAGCGCACAAGACAGAGGCGGAGCUUUCCAGUGCCGCCAUCUCCUCGCUCAUCACGAGCGAGAUCGAGGAGAAAGCAUCCAGGUUGGCCGAGCCGCAAAAGUACACAAAGCACGACCAGGGUAUCGAGUUGUCGCAGGUGAUGCAACUUGUCGACUACCCACCUAUGCAUGUCGGUCCGUCGAGCAGCAGCAGCAAGAUUGCGGUCGCGACGGAGGCGAUCAACGUACCCAUCGUAUUCCAGGUGUUUGGCGGGUUCGAAGACUUUGCUCAGCGCGAGGUCUUGCAACAGACGCUGGCGAGAGCCGCCGAGCACGCAGUCACAUUGACGUCCGAAUGCGGUACAUCGUCGAGCAUCCAUUCGGGCCAUGUCCGCGUGCUAGAUGGCAAGCUGGCGAGGUGCAGUCUCGCAGCGUACCUUGAUGCCAAGCUGGGCAUCGCCAAGACUGCGUACCUCUUGACGGCCUUGCACGAGUUCCCGAGGGAAUUGGCGAAGGAGCUCAAGCACGAGAAGCACAUUGGUGGGGCCAGCAAGCGGGCUAGGUGGAAGGCAAAAGAGCUGCGCAGAUCCUUGGCCAAAAAGGAAGGAAAGAAGCUGGGCACACAGCCGACGACGCCCGGAAUCAUCGGGAAGCCAACGAUUCUGCGUGGAGACGUCGUCACAGAUGACACUGCGGCUUCCGCUGCCAAGGUUCUCCUCGAUGCUGAGCAGAGCGGCAUGAAAUCGGAGUCGAUCGGUGUCAAUGCAGCAGUCGAGCAAGUUCCGAGCUCAGCAGCAAGCGAAGCCGAAGCUGAUGACGGCAGCCCGUUCCCAUCCGAAGUCAGGUUGCUACAGCUCCUGGACGACGUUUGGGAGUCGUCGCUACCGCAGCUCGAUCGAGCACUCGAAAGCUGGAAACGUAUCGUCAGCGCCACCACAGGCGAACCAUUCACCGAGACGCACCACACCUAUCGAGCCACCGUCGACCGAGCCACGUACAAUCUUCCGAGUCUCAACUCGCAGACCAUGGAGCGGUACGUUGGCGAACUCGCGUGGGACUGGCUCAACGGUCGCGACACACCCAACACACAACCCUCCGCGCCCACAACCUGGCGCGUCGACCUGGAAAAGCCGAUGCUCGACAUCACGCUCAAGUUCUUCCCUGGGUUCGGAAUCGGCGACGAGUUCGAAAAGGAGCUCGGCGAGGAGGACGAUCCAGCACUCAAGUCGGAGGGACAGAUCGCGUUUAUGAUCAAGCUACCUGCACCGAUAACGGCGAGUCCACGAAGACCGGCAGGGCGAAAUGCGUUUCUGGUAGGCGGAACGACCAUGGCAGAGUACCGCGCUGCUUCACUCGCCCUGGCAUUGCCCCUGCCGACCGAAAGGAAAACGCUGGAUGGCGUGCAAUCCGCAAAGGAGCUCGCACCGCUGCGCGUGCUGGAGCCAUGCUGUGGGCACGGAUCUAUCGUGUUCCAAACAGCAGCCAUGAUGGAAGCUCGCGGACUGCACGGCGAGGUCCUCGGCUGCGACAUUGACGCAGAAACCGUCGAACGAGCCCAGUCCAUCUCGACUCUUGCCGGCUUCGACCCCACUACCGGCCCCGUCACCGUCCAACUCCGAAGCGUCGACGGCACCGACCGCCUCUCACUAGAAUCGUUCGCAGGAGGUGCUUCCAGCAUCGACGCCAUCCUCACCGACCUCCCCUGGGGUAAGCGCGAAAAAGCAUCUCAAUCGCUCUCGAAGCUCUACCACUUUUUCCUCGAAUCCUGGUUCUCGGUCCUCCGAACCGGCGGGUACAUUGUCGCGGUCACGGCGGAACACCGUACGCUGUCGAGAGCUCUCAGCGUGUUCGAAACGACGUGCAGGAAGAAGAGGAUGGGGGCAUGUUUGAAGAUGGAAGAUGUCAGGAUGCUGGAUGGCAGGGGGAAUGGGUUUGAGGAGGAGAAGGUGAAGCAGCAGGGAGUGUUGGAGGCACGCAGGAACGGUCAGAUGAGAAAGAUCGAGAUCGGGUACCACGUGUACGUUUUCAUGAUCCGCAAGGUCGCUAUAUGA